CAACACAUGAGUGAAGGACAAGAAAAAAUCGACGAGUACACAUACGAGUUCGCUUUGUUGAAUUUAUGAAGAAAACGACAGAGAGGUUCCCUGAACUCGCAAGAUGCAGUUAGCUCUUACUAGUGCUAGUAGGUGCGAGUGUUUGUGUUACUCUUACGAAGAGGCCUAGAACGUUCUUUAUUAUGUACAACUGCCGCAAGAGUAGGAAAAAACCCGUCUCCUCUAACCUUCGCAGCCCGAACGAAAAUGCUGAAUAAGGAUCGUGAUUGGCAACGGGUGCAAGUGAGGCCUGGUUGGCGCAGGCCUCGAGUCGUAGAGGACUAUCUUCGGAGGCAAAGAGGC